AUGAAAGCAAUCUCCUUCGUUGACACCAAACCUCAAGUUGUUGAGACUGGCAAGCCAACUCUAAAAGAAGAUGAAGUCUUGGUCAUGGUCCACUACAGUGCCCUCGAUACCGCUCUGGAUCCAGUUAUCAAAAAGACAUUUGUUGGUGGAAUGCUCCACAAACAAACUGAUCCCUUGUUUUGCGGCUGGCAUUUCAGCGGAGUCGUAGAGGCAGUCGGCGCCAACGUAGGCGACUUUGAGACUGGGAUGCAAGUCUUUGGUAAUCUUCCGUAUGCUUCAAGUACAACACAAGGUAGUCUUUCGGAAUACAUCACUGUCAAGUCUGAUGCUUUGGCAGUCAAGCCCUCGACCAUGAGCAUGGAUUUGGCCGCUGCUGCUACUACUGAACCACUCACAGCCCUUCAGUCCUUGAGAGAUAUUGGAAAACUGCCAAAAGGUGGUCAUGUAUUGAUCAACGGAGCUGGUGGCCAAGUUGGGUCUUGUGCCGUUCAGAUUGCCAAAGCCCUGGGAAGUGAAGUGACUGCUAUCGUCAGUACCAAGGAUGUCGCAAAGGUGACCAACCUCGGAGCCACUACUGUCAUCGAUCGCAAAAAGACCCCAAACGUAAUGGGGCAACUCAAGGCCGAGCAAUUCGAUGUAAUUUUCGAUACUCCCGGCAAAUUAUCCGCUCGCAAAAUUACAAAGUACCUCAAGCGCAAGGGAGUCUACGUCAAUCCUUCCCCAGAUGAUAUGUUGGAUUUCCUAUUGGGCAAGUUGUUUACCCUCUUUUCUUCCAAGAGUGUAAAGAUGGUCAUGGUGGAAUCCAAAAAAGCCGAUCUCGAACAAAUUGGAGAAUGGACCUCCAAUUCAAACCUCAAAAUUGAUAUUGAUUCGGUUCACGACGUUCGGGAUUGCGCCUCGGCCAUUCACCGUCAAAAUGACUCGUCCAAGAAUGGUCGCGUCGUCAUCAAGGUGAAAGGUGGCUUCUAG